AUUCAAAUGUGGGUCAGGGGUGAGGAAGGCUAACGUCAUAAGCUUGCAACAUGGCGUCCCGAAGGCUGUGAGAUGAGCAAGAGGAUGGUAAAGACCGCUUGAGAACGACCAUACCGAUGUAAGAAGCUUGAGGUGGUGUACGUGUAGGAAGAGAGAGACGAGAGAGAGGGGAAAGAAGGACGGAGGAAAUGGAACUGCCAAAUCAUGCCAAACAACUGCUGCUGCAACUCAACCAACAGAGAGCCAAGGGCUUCCUGUGUGAUGUUAUCAUUGUGGUGGAGAAUGCGCUCUUCCGUGCCCACAAGAACAUCCUGGCGGCAAGCAGCAUCUACUUUAAAUCUUUGGUCCUCCAUGACAACCUCAUCAACCUCGACACAGAGAUGGUUAACCCCUCGGUAUUCAGACAAGUUCUUGACUUCAUCUACACUGGAAAGCUAUUGUCCUCAUCAGACCAGAGCAAUGAGCAGAACUUCAGUGCCCUCUUAACUGCAGCCAGCUACCUCCAGCUCCACGACCUUGCUGCUCUGUGCAGAAAGAAGCUUAAGCGCAAUGGUGGGAAACCCCUGCCAGGUAAACCCUCCACUCCAGGUCCCCUUAGCCGCUUACGUCUCAACAACCAGCGGCUUUCCUCUUCUACCCCUACUGGCCACAAUAACCACUAUCCUCCAACCCCUUCCGAUGCCGACCAGCCACAGCCAGAUGAAGGCCUUCGGGACAAGCUCUCAGAUGACGAGAUGUUUGUUGGCACCUCUGGGAAGAACGGGAAUGGGGGGAAUGGAAGCAGUAAUGGUAACCUCAGCAGCGGAGGAAGUGCGGGGGAACCGGACCUUGGACUAGACCUCUCCAAGAAGAGUCCACCCUCUGCGGGCACAGCCACCGAUGCCCUCAGCCCACACAGCAACUCCCAAGGAUCCCCUCAAUCUGCCUCAGUAUCCACAACCAACAGUGCCUCACUGGAUGAUUCGUCUACCACCUUGCCAGGUGCAGACACCUGCAUCUCAGAGACCAUGGACCUCAACUCCUCCUCUAAAACCUCAGAGGAAAUCCAAAACCAGCCAGAGGGUCCUCCACCACAGAAAAAGUCCCGACAGGGAGCUCGGAAGAAUGAAUGGCCUAAGAGAGAGGCUUCAGGGUUGAAGUCCGAAGAUCACAGCAGGCCCCUGGUUAAUGGGGUAAUUGUUGGUCCUAAAGAUAGCCGCUCAUCUGGGAUUGGAGGUGGCAGUGGGAACAGCUUCACAUCUGACCAGUCCUUCCAGUGUAAGGACGAGGAAGAAGGAGGAGAGAAUGGCCAGGAUCACAGUGAGGAAAGUGGUCAGAGUGAUGGAGAGACUGCAGGAGGUGGAGGGGGAACAGCAGGGGGGCACCACAGCGCCAACUAUGUGUACAGGCAGGAAGGUUUUGAGCCAGCAUUUGGAGACAACCUCUAUGUGUGUAUUCCCUGUGGUAAGGGUUUCCCCAGUUCUGAACAGCUCAAUGCUCACGUGGAGACGCAUACUGAGGAUGAGCUCUACAUCAAAGAGGAGGGAGGAACCUUUGUGAAAGAGGAAGAUGAGGAGGAGGCCGAGGACCUUUCUGCCACUGUAGGUCCUUCUACCUUUGGUUCUGAAACGCGCCCGUUCAAGUGUACAGUGUGCAGUAAGAGCUACAAAGACCCAGCAACCCUGAGACAACAUGAAAAGAGCCACUGGCUGACCAGGCCCUUCCCCUGCAACAUCUGUGGCAAAAUGUUCACCCAGAGGGGAACCAUGACACGCCACAUGCGCAGCCACCUCGGCCUGAAGCCAUUUGCAUGUGAAGAGUGUGGCAUGCGCUUUACACGCCAGUACCGUCUGACAGAGCACAUGCGUGUCCACUCUGGAGAGAAGCCGUAUGAAUGCCAGCUAUGUGGGGGGAAGUUUACCCAGCAGCGCAACCUCAUCAGUCACCUGAGAAUGCACACCUCACCCUCUUAGAAAUGCAUCAAGCCAAAGAACUCUGGGAAUAGAAAAUACAAACCUUUUCUCUACCUUUUCUCCAUCGCGAAAGCAAAGAAAUGCACACAUACACAUAGUUCUACAUAUUAAUCCAGUUUACGAUGCCCUGGCUAAGUGAAUGAUGUAGCCGUUAGCCACAGUGUGCUCUUGGUGAUGGUGGGAUCUUGCUGAUGCAAGGGUUAAGUUGUUGUUUAUAUCAAACAACGUCUGCUCACCUCUCAGGAGCUCUAAAGGGACAGUUUACUGCUGUCUCUCUCCAAAGUCACAAAGCAAUGGUGGAGUUGCAUAACGUCUGGUCUGUUAAAUGUGAAUGUGGGUACUGAUAUAAUGUCAAGCCUCUCACUUCAUACCCUUCAGCAGCUUUUCUCUCUUCUACCUUUGAGUCUCUGAAGUUUUCAGAUGACUCAAGAGUCCCCUGUGUACUCCAGUGCUACUUUGACCAAAAAAAACCACGUGCAAACAAUACUGGCAAUAAUUCAGCAAAAAGAUUAUUUUAACCCUGACAGCUUUAUAUGCUUCGUUGUGUUGGUUGGUGAUGGGUAUCUGUACAUAAAGCCCUUUUCAGACAUGGGAUAUGUAACAUUGCUCGCUACCCCAAUCUCUUAAAGUGUUGGCCUUCUGGCAUACAGACAUGAUGACUUCUACAUCCAUAUUUCUCACAAUUAUACCAUCAUAGAUGUGGCGGUGAUGAAGAGAGUUGCUAGAUUUGCCAAAAAUCCCAAUCAUGAUUAUUUUGGUCAGUAUUGUAAAAUUUAUUUAUUUUGCACAGUUGUUUCCAAACGAUUGUGUAAAAUAAAUCAAACUAUACACAGUUUUUACAGAGGAUUUCAUUUAAAUCUGAAUAUAAUUGUAAAAAAUAAAGCUUGAAAAGAGUUGAGGUGGUGGGCCAUUAGAAAUAAAGAGCUUGGACUUUUGGCAAGGAGCAAAACUGUACCACUGUGAAGGAAAGCAGCGCACUCAGUAACACAAUGUAAAAUCUUAUUAACAGAAACAAACACAGAAAAGUAAAUCUUAUCUUUGCUAAUUUUGUGUUUGUGGUUCUCUUUGCCACUGACACUAAGUGUAACUGCUAAAUAGUGCUGCUGCAUGGACUGUACGCCACCGCUUUCACACAGAAAGAGCUCUCCUCAGGAUUGGGAACAGCAAAAUGUAUUAGAGAGCAAUUGUUUUCAUCUUACUACCACAAAGAAGCAGAUCUGGUGGGAUAAAAUUCAGUUAUGUGCAUGUUAUUGUUUCUCUUAUGGGCUAAGCAACUCACGUCUACGCAGGUGUUCAGUCACAAUCUCAUGUCUGCAUGCAUUCAGACUUCUGCUGUGUUAAAAGCUACACAUAAACGGUAUCUAAUGCGAAUUCUGUCACUACUUUUACAGAGAAGCAACUUGGUGUGCUCAUUGAGGCACUCAGAAAGCAUGUCUGAAAGGGGCUUAAGAGGAGGGGUAACUGGGUUUGGGACCAUCUCCAUGCUUUAACUGGAAGUUCUUGAAAGAAGGUUCACGUUGGAGGACACUGAUUUAAGUUUUUGUUUGACAGACGACAAACACUCAGUCUUCUCUACAGCUGUUUGCAUUAAUAUAGAGAAGAUUUUCAUUGUUUUCAGUUUUGCCUGCUAGUGCUCCCAGGAGUGAAACCUGGUUGGACAGAUGAACCCUUGAGGUACUCGUUUUUUGCUUAAACAAGUUGUCAUGUUUCAGUGAAUGUUUAAACUGGAAGGUCUUGGGAUUUUUCUUGUGGAGGGGAGGGAUCUGGGUUGGGUUGGGGCAGGGCGGGGCGGGUGGUUUCGUGGGGAUAAGGUGAAGAGGGUGUUUUUAGACUGAGCGUUACGUUCAGUGGGUAUGUUUAUUUUUCUGUCUGUAUAGCUUUCCUCCCCUCAGAAAAAAGAAAAGUCUAUUUAUGUAGGCUUGUGACCUCUCUACCUCUGAUUACUCUUACAAACUCUAUGUUGAUUAGUUGAAAGUUCCUAUGUAAUUAAUUGUAAAAAGUGUGUAGAUUAUGGUAAGUUUUUAUCUAAUGCUUUAACCUGCCCAUCUCUCAACACAGGUUUUUAAUGCUUAUAGAUUUUACACAUUAAUAUUGUUUUUAGCUGUUGUUUGUACUUGUCAGAUAUAGCUUUUUGGUGCCCUGUUCAUUGUGGCUCCACUUCAAAGUGUACUGUAGCUUCCAGCCUGGAGCAAAUAGUGCUUAGUUGGUUAGUUUAGAUAUAUAGAGUUCCAAAGAUCUUAUGAAUGUUGAGGAGAACGGAGCUAACUAACAAACUUUGCUAGACAAGUUCAUAACCAAAGUUUUUAAAAAGAUGUACUUAAGAUAUAUAGCAUACUAAAUUAUUUCACUUUUGAUUUCUUUUUGCUGUAUAAAACAAAUUAUGAAUUAUAUUCUAAGUCCAGACAAAGAAAUCCACUCUUUUGAUGGAGUUUUUGGCCAAUGACUGACAAAGGUUCUUGUGGAUUGCAAGGAAAGCUUGUGCUGAUUGGUGGGCUGGUAUGAUGUAAACUUUACCACCCCAAAAAAAUUGGUAAAGUUUAUUUUAAAAAAACAAACAAAAACAUGUUCCCUGAACAUGUUUCCUGUUUCCUUUUCAUUUAUAUCCAGAGUCCUUAUCACUUUAUAUUCCCUGACUUUAAAAACAGGACUUGAUUACAUUUUAUGUGUUCUGUUCAGACCAAAAAAGAAAAAGGAAAAAAAAAAAAGAUAGAAAUUAUAAUCAGAAUUUUAAUGUGAAGUUCAACUUAAUUGUUUUGGUUUUGGUUUUUUGGUGAGCCAGACAUGUGAAAACUUGUAAUAAGAAGGGAGAAGCAGAGAUGCACUGGACAGCUGGACAACUCGCCGGUCUCUUGCGGCAUCCUUUUGUUCCUGAUUGUAUUCCAUUAUAUCACAGAAUUAGUUUUAACUUAUUUUUAAACUAUUUCAAGCUUUACCUCAUCGUAAACAAUGACAAGUUGAGAAUGGCCCCCCGUUGUCUCUUCCGUUUCACUCAAACCUGUCCAGUGUAUCGCCUCUUAACAGUUACACUAUAGAGUAUGAACCCUCACUACAAGUUUUUUUUUAAUUUUUUUUUUUUUUUUAUAGGCAUUCCUCUGUUAUGUUGGUUUACCUGUCCUCUUGAUUAUUUUUUGGUAAUUCCUUUUCGUCCUCAUGUUAUGGUCUGUGAAAUGUUUGAUUUAUUAUAGGGAUGCAGCUACAGUUACACAAACAUCACUACCGUUUUAAGGUACCUGCGUCCUGGGCUCCCAGAGUUGUUACUUGGUUAUGUUGGAUGUUGGUGUCUUGUUGUUAGGCAGUUGCUGUUUAGUGAUUGCAUGGUACAUCUGAAUUUUUCACACUCCUCAAUCCCCACCCACCCAUUCCUAGAUCCACAAACGUGUUAUUUAUCGCCUGAUACAUUGUUGCUUGUGACCUCUUCUAGCCGAAGAGGGAGUCCACAAUGCAUUGCCUUCAAACGUUGUUGUACUCGCAGCCCUUACUGCAGUGCAGUGUAAUGUCUGUAAUGCAAAAGGUGUUUUGUACUACACGAUCUCUAGCCAUCUCUGCAAAGGUUUUUGCAGCUGCAUUUGAAUGCUUGCUUGUUCGACGUAACGAAGAAAAAAGAAAAAGAAAAAAAAACAUACUACGAACUCCAAACUGUGACCAUGCUACUAUUACUACUAUUAUUACUAAUAUUACUACUACUAUUCAAAUACUUCAGGGAUUGUUCUGCAUCUGUGAAUGCAGACUCUCAGCUACAUUUGUAAAAUAUAGCAUUGUAUCAAUUUCUCUGUAUUUUGAUCAUGGGAAAAGCAAAACACUAGUUUCAUAUUUAAGACAAACAGGGGGCUACUUUUUUUCAGCUAACACAAAAAGCCUUGACAAAGGCGAGGCAGCUCAAAACAAGUCUACAUUUUAGUUAGUGACACACUAUGUUCAGAAAUAGUUGCAACGUUGUACAAAGAACUAAGAAGAAAAGGAGAAAAAAAAAAAAGCUCAUACCCAAAUCCACAAACUAUUUUUUAAACCAAAGCACAUUUGAAUGAUUAUGGAACCAUGUGUGGCUCUAAAAAGAAAACAUAUGUAUUUAUCUCAUUGUUUACAUAAACUUUUACAGUUUUACAGACCUCAGUCGAGGCUCGGCCAGUUAGGGAAGUGGUUUUGUGUGCGUUAUCAUUUUUUUUUUUUUCUUUCUUUUGUUUUGUGAAAGAUGCUUUUCCACAGAGGUUGCUGCCAAAACAAAAGCAUAGCGUUAAACAUGGAGUGAACUACUGCAUAUUCAAUUAAGGGGAGGGUGUGUGGUUUUAGGGGCACUCCCCACCCCUCCCCUCCCUGCCAGCUGGCUUUGGGGUGACCCUGCGCCCCAAUCCUCCUGCCCUCUGGCCUGUCUUCAGAUGGGGACCACAGAAAGUGUGUGUGGGGGGGUGGGCUGUGCAUCCUUGACGUAUUAAUCAAAAGGCAUUGUUAGUCAGGGUCUUUAGCUCAAUGUUUGUCUCUUUGUUUACCCAAAUACACUCGAGGACUACCUCUGCUGCUUGGGUCUCUUAAUAUGUAGGGGUGGGUGAAUGAUGCUUGAAUAUUUUGGGUUGUUUUCGUAGUCCGAUGUGGUACAUCUCUUAUGCUGGCGGUUCUUGAAACCUAUCUGGAGAAUGUAGCUUUGAUUUGUUCACUGCAUGUAAACAAGCCUUUCUGGUAGUCUUAACUGUGAAUGUUAUUGUCAGUUUUCUGCUUUUAUGAUGUUUUGAAACUUUUUUUUUUUAAAGCUGCCUGUGUUCUGUGGGUAAAAGCAGCACAAAGCUCUGGCUGGCUGAGCCUCAAACAAAGUUGGUGCAAACACUUAUUGACAGUGUUCUUUUUUUAUCAAAUGUCUAUUGUCAGUGAUGAAUGUAUUUAUUUCUGGGCCUGCCCUCACCUUUUUCAAAGAAUUUGCUCAGUGUGUGAGACUGAGGUGGAGGCAGGACCCCCCUUUUUUUUUGUUUUGUUUUUUUGUUUUGAGGAUUUCAAGCUGAGAAUCAAAACUAAGACACAAGACAUAGCCAUUAACCACAAUCUGUGAAGUUGAUCUUAUUUGUGGGAGAACCGAAUUUUUUUUUUUUUUUUUUUUUCUUUCUUUCAUUUUUUAAACUCAAAAACAAAAUGGUCUAUGGCAUUAAUUAUCUUCUCGGUAAUACCUGACAGUCUGUAGGGUUUUUAUUUCAAGUAAGUCACUAUGGGUGUUUUUAUUUUUAUUUUUACUUUUAUUUUUUUUUUGCCCAUUCGUUCAUGAGGUCUCACUGAAUGACUGCACACCAGUGGAGGUGAACCCUGUGUGUGCAUGCGUGUGUGUUUCUGUGGACACAGACAGGACGCUGUCCCUGCCUGUGCAGCGCAGAGGCUACUGUAUCUUUUCGAGCUUGCUCUCCCUGGGUGUUGCCAUCCUGCUGACAUUAUAUGUAUAUUUUAACUAAACAAACAAACACACAGCAGAAAUGUGCACGUAACCCACAGAUCUCUCCUCUGAGCCAUUGUUUUCCUCUCAACCGUUGUUACAUUUCUUCUAUUAAACCACUUGCCGCUACUCCUUUUUUUUAAAAAUUUAACUACAUAAUGUUUUUAGUAUCUGUAAGUUUAACAUCAGAGGAUUUUUAGAAACGUUGAAUGCGAUAGCUUUACUAAGUGCACUUUGUAUGUUAUUUCAAGGUCUCUGGGAAAACCCAGAUGCUCUCCCAUCAGUUCCGAUUUAACUGACGGUUUAUUCUUUCUUUCUCUUCUUACCUCAUCUAUGUUGCUGUGUUUGUUGAGCUACCAUAUCAAUAUGCAGUUUUUUUUUUUGGUUUUUUUUUUUUUUUUUUAAAAGCUUUAAAGUGACAUAUUCAAAGCGGGAAACUCACCAGAGAGACCGUACUGGGCUUUAAACUUCCAAGUUUCCAUCUCAUUUUUCGUCGUUGUUAACUUCUCCUCUCCGGGCAUUUUCUCUAGUGGAGGGGCUGGUCUGUCUAGUUAUUUUGGAGAUUCUUCUUCUUACUUCGACAGACUUAACCAAAGCCACUUUUAAAAUGGCCUCCAGUGCCAUUAAACCCUGUUUAUUAGCUUUAUUGUCCCUUGCUUUAUCUCACACGCACACGAGACCCUGGCUUUAGCCUGUUGACCCUGUGUUAUUUCGGUUACCACACAGUGGACUUUAUCUCGCUCUUUGCUGAAUUUUCAGUAUUUACUGUACUUUCUGUGACUAAUAAACAGAACACACCAAAUUACCUCAAAGCUUGUGUUUACAGAAAUGCACUCUCUUGCCAUUACCUUUAGACUUCUUUUUUUUUUUUUUUUCUGCCGUCCUUCUGUAACAAGAAUAUCCUGUUUUGGAAGUAAAGUUUCUAGCAGCGUAUUUUCAUCCAUAACUGUUAAUUUAUGUUUAUUAAUUUCGAAAGGCACGUUGUCACCUUCAUGUGCAUUACAUUAAUAGAAAGACAUGAUUAGCUGCUAAGAAAUAUUGAAGAGUUGAUUAGUGGAGUUGCCCAUAAAGCGGGCGUAUUGACCUUUUCUCUUAGGUUUUCUUCGGGAACAGCCUCUCAAUAAUGGAUCAGGAUCCGUGGCCUGAGAGGUUCGCGAAUGGACAUGUAGGGACUUUGGUCAUAAAUAAUUAAAGGCCAAGAAGGCCUCCCCCUUGGCAAACACACUUCACAUGCAAAAGUGUAUACGCCCAGGUACACUUCAGCAAGCAUGUGCAUAAACCUUCACCAAUGUAAACACACAUUCUACCGUCUGGACUUCUAACACCACCUAACAUGCUCAUACACUAGUGUUUAACGUGAGAUUCUCUCACCUUUUGUGGCUUUUGGCAGCACCCAGGCUGGGCUCUCUUUCUCUCUGUCUUUAUCUCCACUCCUCAGAGAGCUCUUAUUCAGGUCAGAGCCACAACCGUGUGCAGCGGCGUGGCUCGCAAACUCAAAGUGUCAUAAAGUGUAAUACAGCUGACCUCAGCACUCAUAACCUUGCAGUCUUAAUGUACAGCAGUGAGGAAAAAUAAACUGUUAUUUUAUGAUCUUUUCAUUAAAAGCUUGAUUGAAAACCAA